CUUAGGACGGAUGAGUGAGUGAAUUCUAGUAGCUUAAAACUACUGUAAUUCAUAUUAAGUUUGAGGUUCGUUUAUGAUUUGACUAGUUUGCUAACAAAGUAAUACUUCUUUUCUAACCUGAGCCAGGGUCUCUAUUAAAACCUCUUCCUGACGUGCACAAAGAUAUUUCUAUGCCGAAAGUUAAUUACAUCAUGUUCUCGAAGAAAAGUCCGAGUAAAGCAUCAUGUAACCGAGGCUGACAAAAGGAUCCCAGCAAUUGGAAGGCGUGUGCGAAAUUAAAUAUACCGUUCUUAAAGUAUAAGUAUAACUUUCUUAUCGCUUUUUUAAGGCGUUUUCUGCUUAAAUGUUCACUAAUGGGUCAACUCAGUGUUUUAGUGAAUCAGAGGCCCAUGUUUAAAGAAAAUUAACUAAUAAAUCAUUAUCUUUCGUGUCUGGCGCCGUUCCCACGGGUAUGCGCGCGUCGGAAACGCGCGUUUAUUGACGUUUUGGGGCUUAUUUUACGCGCUAGAGCAUGCUGAAUUCGAUUUUAAUAUUUACAGCUCAGGAAAUAGUUUAAUUUCACUGAAUUUUUGCUAUAUAUGAUACCCUACGUUUCAGAUCGCGUAGUCAUUGGCACUUAAUGGCGCCAAUGAGAGCGUUGCCGUGGACCAUAAGAGCGAGUUUUACUAAAAGAGUCGAAAAAUUUCAAACAAAAAUGGUAUCCGCCAAACUUUCGCGAACGCUGUUUCAUAUUAUUUGUAGUUUAAAAAUAUAUAUAACAUCUAAUAAAACUGUGCGUUUCAAGAGCGACUUUUUUUCAUAUGAUUUUCUUCUUUCUAGUCGUACACUUUCUUUUUGUAUGUAUCAAGCGUGCAUGUAUUUUGUGUACAUGUUUUUUUUAUCUAACCGUGCUAGAAAAUGAAUCAUGUCAAUCUGUCUCUUUCUUUAACUAUAUAUCAGUUUACAUUUGCAACUUUUUAUUUUAUAGAACAGUCAAAAUGACCUCAUGGGUUCUUCCUCUUUCUUUUUCUUCUGUUCACAUAUCUAUCCAGUAGUUGUUUCUUUUUCUUCUUUUCUUCAUUACAUAAUAUAAUAGACCUGUUGCAAGAUGAAAGAGAAAGAGAAGAAUAUUCAAGCUUGUAUGUAUGGAAUUAUUUUACCGAGAAAAAUGGAGGUGGAGUAGAAUGUGUGCUAUGUCAGCGUUCAAUGGAUAAUAAUUCAAAUUCAACAACAUCGAUGCUAUUUCAUCUAUCCGUCGCUCAUCUACCUGAAUAUUCGCUUGUGAAAAAUAACCACAGUAAACGUGCACGAAGAGAUGGCAGUUUAUUACCAUUGAAUAGUGAACGUUCGUUGCAACUGACUCGAAUAUUAUCAAACUUUAUUAUUCGAGAUUUAUUACCCAUUAGUUUCGUUGAAAGAAGUAAAGCGCUGAAAGAAUUGAUGAAUGAGGUUGAACCCUCGUACAUGAUACCAACACGUAAUUAUUUUCGAGAUGUUGUGAUAAAAAAACAGUGUGAAGAAGUGGGUGUUCAACUUCGCAAUUGA